CAUGAAGAACGAAUCUGUCCAUACAAAGCCCCGCUGUCCAAGAAGAGUCAACCUAGGUCCCAUUUAGUACUCCCGCAGAAAGAAUGUCUUGGAGUGGGUGCGAAGGAGUAGGUGCUUCAAUGUGUACCUCGACUAGAAGUCUUUUGAUCUUAGAUGGGGCAGGUGUGAUGAGCGAAGGAGAUAUCCUGCCUCGUGCAUCUGAUAAAAGGUGCCUUUAAACUUCGGGGAGAACACGGUAACACCAUGGCAUUUCAGUUCCUCAUGCUAUUUUAUCUCUCUUCUGGGGCCUCUUUGAGCGAUUGGCAUGAUUCUGGACCCUUGAUAUUCUGUAUUGAUUCACUUCUCCAAAGCCACGCGUUUGACGAAGUGCAAUUAUAACCUCAAAUAGUCACCAAUUGGUCCGUGUGCUCUUGUCCUUUUUCAUUGUUCCAAAGCGAUAUCAUGGGUGAGCUUCGGGUCGGAAUGUUCUUUCGCAGGCAUUGUGUGGCUGAGUGAAGAAGGGGGAGACUCGGAGGAGUUCGUGGAUAAGACAAUGGAAAUCGAAUUAACCUUACCUCCCCACUCCAAGCCAAGCGUGAGCCUGACGGAACACGGCAAAGCUGCUGCUGCUACCCAUUGAAACACCAAGAUGGAACCAUCUGUUCAGCGUAGCACUUUCCUAUCUUGUACUGUAAUCAUACUCGAACUUUCAUGCAUCCAUGUUGCUUGAGUUGAACGUAGACUCAUACCGUAACUGCCGCGAGGCACGAUCACGACUCAGAGCCCGCGGCCACGCUGGCUGCUAUCAAAAUCGAUAAAGCUUCAAGAACGGACCUGUUGUGAUAACAGGCAAAGCCUACGAAUCGUAACCAGGUACCCUUCACAUGUGUGUUUACAGAAUCAGCAAUCUUUUGAGCUCUGACCACUUUGCUUCGGGAUCAUUGCCGAAAGGCACGACAUCGGCACCGAGAUAAUCGGGCCAACGACCUCUCCUGGUCCAAAAUAGAAGGAGAUCCGGCACAAAAGUUUCUUAACAUGCAGUGAUAUCGAGCAGUUUGGGGCACGUCCCGACCCUCAUUUUGGCUUCAUUGAGGUGUUUCCUGCUUGGCGGGGCCAUUCGUGGAGGGACAAGGACUUGCUGCAGGGACAAGCCCCUUUUCAUCUCCACGCCACAGCGAAUCAGAACAGCGAGUCACGGACGUGGAAUGAUCAGACGGAGCUGAUGUGGGCAGUCGAUAGCUUGCUCGUGAUAGAUCAUGGGUCGAGGAGCAUCCGGAGUGAGCAUUUUGGACCAGGAGAUGGAUAUCCAGGGGACAGCGUGCAGUUGCAGCAGUGAGAUGCAAUCUGCCUGCGCGUCAAAUCGCAGCAGGGCAAGACAUCGUGGACGAUGAGAUCCAGUCCAUCUCGAUCUGCUCGGAAACGGUGGAAGUACAAAGUCUGUAGAAGCCGCUCUCUGUGAUGCUGGUCUUUCUUCUGCAGGUCCUUCCUCCGUACACACUCUUUUGUUCUGCAUUUUGCGCCCACACUCGUUACUGCAUCUUCACAGAGUAGUUUAAUUUCGAAACCGUAGCCAUGAAGUCCUCGUUCGGAUUUGCGGCGCUAUUCGCCAUGGCUGCUACUGUUGUAGUUGCGCAAGAUGGAGAUGCUUGCGAGGCCGAUAUUCCAACCGGUGUCAAGGCUGCAUCUGUUACUACAGCAUCCUCUUCUUCGGUCAACAUGGUACCUGUUCUUUCGGAUGUUAAUCCAUCCACGAACUCUACCAAGUUGUACGUUCCUUCGAAGCGACCUCGCUUCGACAGACACAACCCCAAGAACGUUGUUCCCUCCAAAAACACAUCUUGUUACUACUCGGCUAAUUCGACCUCGGGAAGCAUGGUGGUCAACAACACCAUGAAAUACCCUACCGUCGUCUUGGAGGAUAUUGCCUCUAUCAUCAACGUUGACUGCACUGCUGAUUCAGUCGCGGUAACUUUCAAUGAUACAGCUACUUUCGCGAAAGCGCAAAGUGUUUGGGCAUCUAAAUCAAAUGCCUCUAUGGUCUUGAUCACUAACCAUCUUGGUGACUGUGACGCUGAGCUAGAGAGAAGCUACUUCCUUACCAACAGCAUCUCUUUCGACGAUGAGACUCUGGUUGCUACUGCUAGUACCCAGGCCGCCAACAUCUCAACUGUUGCUACCUACACUACGAUUUCCUUUGGCAACAUCGAAGCUGCUGUUGCAAACGCAACAAAUGACAAGCGAGCCUUGGUGGUCGACCCCAAAUACACCUUCAGCCCAUCUAUUGCGCUUGCUGAAGACACUGUUCUAUUCGAGUAUGACCCAUAUGUCACCAUCACCGCCGAUAAUGCAUCAUUCUCAUCGGACAUCACAUUCUCGGGUUAUUUGGCAUACAACUGGUGGCUAUGGAAGUUGGAAGCGUUCUACUUUGACAUUGAUGCUGAUUUCAAGGCUGAUCUCGGUCUGAGUGCCGACGUCAAAGCUUCUUACGAGACAGCUUUCUCUUACGCUCCUGCCUCCCUCUACUACGGUGUUUCUGUUCCAGGUGUUCUGGAACUUGGACCUAUGCUUCAAUUCUCAGUUGGUACUGAGAUUGGCGUUUCCGCUGCUGCUCAGCUCAGCACCGCAUUCGAAGUUGCCCUUGCCAACGGAAACGUCCAUCUCGAUGUUCUUGACUCGAAGAAGACAUCUGUCUCUGGCUGGACCCCUACAUACUCAGCUGGCGCCGAUAUCAAUGGUCAGGUCAAGGCUUACCUCAACCCCUCCGCAUCCCUCACCGUUGAGAUCGCAGCCAAGGCUUUCGGCGGCUUGAUUGAUCUUUCCACCGGUCUUACCGCUAAGCCUGGAUUCGACAACAGCUUCGCUCUCACUGGUGGCGUUGGAGUUGACCUUGGUGGAUUGCAAAAUAUCACCAACGGUGCCAGCUGCACUCAGGGGCUUCAACUCAACAGCAACUUUACAUUCGCUCUUGAUGCCUUUGCUACCCAGUGGUAUUCUGCCAAUUUGUAUGAGGUUGCCGUACCACUUUUGGACAAGUGCUACAGCUGGGCCUAGAUUGGCGUGAGGAUCUGGUGAUUUGAGAGAAGAGGUUACUGCUUCUACGCAACCCAAUUUUUUCUUUUGUCAAUGAUUGAUUCAUGUAGAUAUUUCUAGGCGGGAGUGGUUGUAUAUGAGCACACAGAGACGUUACAUGAUAUUGAUAAUAGAUACCCACACAAGUUAUAUUCUUUAG